UCACCCUGAGCUCGUCCUCUUCCUUUCCUUUCGAUCUUUCCCCUUGCGGUGGCUGCGGUGAGCGAGGCUACACGACAAUCCAUCGACGCCGGCCCCUUCCUGCCUUCUCUCGUAGUCCGACGCCAUCGUCGAAGCCUCUCCGCCGGCCACGCCUCCGUAGAUCCAGCCGUCCUCCCCUUCCGCCGAAGCACGGGGCUCGGCGCCACCUCUCCUCCUCUCGUUGGUGAGGAGUAACCAUGUCUUCAAUGGAAUCGUCAUACCUUCCUGCUACAACUGAGUCGUUAGCAAAGGCUCAGGAGGCUAAGGAUGCUUCAGAGUCCAUUUCAAUCCUUUACCGUGUCCUUCAGGACCCAUCUUCUUCUGCUGAUGCACUGAGAACAAAAGAAGUUGCAAUUACAAAUCUUACGAACUACCUCACUAAAGAGAACCGAGCUGAGGAGCUGCGGAAUCUUUUGACCCAGCUCAGGCCAUUUUUUGCUCUGAUUCCCAAGGCAAAGACUGCAAAAAUUGUCCGUGGAAUAAUUGAUGCUGUCACCAAGAUACCUGGAUCAUCUGAUCUUCAGAUUUCACUCUGCAAGGAGAUGGUGGAGUGGACCCGUGCAGAGAAGCGUACUUUCCUCCGGCAGCGUGUGGAGGCGAAGUUGGCGGCCCUCCUGUUAGAGAAUCAGGAGUACACUGAAGCCCUUACCCUCCUUACUAGUCUUAUCAAGGAAGUGAGGAGGCUUGAUGACAAGUUACUUCUUGUGGACAUUGACCUUCUGGAAAGCAAACUUCACUUCUCCCUGAGAAAUCUGCCAAAGGCCAAAGCCUCAUUAACUGCUGCUAGAACGGCAGCAAAUGCCAUUUAUGUUCCUCCAGCUCAGCAAGGCACUAUUGAUCUCCAGAGUGGAAUCCUUCAUGCUGAAGAAAAGGAUUACAAGACUGCUUACAGCUACUUCUUUGAGGCAUUUGAAGCUUUCAAUGCACUGGAAGAUCCAAAGGCCAUCUUCAGCUUGAAAUACAUGCUCCUGUGCAAGAUAAUGGUUAACCAAGCUGAUGAUGUUGCAGGAAUAAUCUCAUCUAAGGCUGGCCUAAAGUAUCUGGGUCCUGAUGUUGAUGCUAUGAAAGCUGUAGCUGAUGCUUACUCUAAAAGAUCUCUAAAGUACUUUGAAACUGCCCUUCGUGAUUACAAGUCCCAGCUGGAGGAGGACCCUAUUGUCCACAGGCAUCUUUCAUCUUUGUAUGAUACGCUCCUGGAGCAGAAUCUCUGCAGGUUGAUUGAGCCCUACUCAAGGGUGGAGAUUGUGCAUAUAGCAGAGAUGAUUGAAUUGCCAGUUGAUCAUGUUGAAAAGAAGUUGUCGCAGAUGAUCCUCGACAAGAAAUUUGCUGGGACUCUGGAUCAAGGCGCUGGCUGCCUCAUUAUCUUUGAGGAUCCCAAAACCGAGGAAAUCUUCCCUGCGACACUCGAAACCAUUUCGAACGUUGGGAAGGUUGUGGACAGCCUUUACUUGAGGUCAGCCAAGAUAAUGGUUUGAAAGCAGCACGUGCUACCUUACUUGCCAGCUCUGAUUUCAUCAUGUUUCAUUUCUGUUGUUGUCCUCAGACAUUUAUGCUUCCAUUGACAUUUUAUUCCUCAGUUUGAUCACUUGUUUAGUUAAACAAACAUACCAUCUUUUUUUUUUUUUGGCAAAACAAACAGGCAUACCAUCCUGCUCACGAACAAGACAA